UUUAAAGUCGUCAUAACCGAAUACAGAUUUUAAUACGCUUGACAACAUUUUUCUUAAUUAUUAUAAUAGAAUCAAUAUAUAAAACAUAAUAAGUCUGUUGAUCGUUUUUCCUUCGAAGCGUGUGUGACUUCAGCGACAGAAACAACAGUAGAAAUAUUCGAGCAGUAAGGCACAUAUCCGUUGGAAAAAAGGAAGGAUUCAGCAAUGAAUCGUUUAGUAAGUAAAAUUCGUCCUUAUCGGCUAUUUUCUACUGCGAGUCUUCCCGCACCCGAAACAAAACCACCGAUUUUAUAUACUGGCAUAUUUGUCGACAAUGAAUGGCACAAAUCUAAAUCUGGAAAUACUUUUCCUACGAUAAAUCCUACUACUGGUGAAGUUAUUGCUGAAGUACAAGAAGGAGACGUAGCAGAUAUUGAUUUUGCCGUACAUGCUGCUAAUAAAGCAUUCCAAUUAGGAUCACCUUGGAGAACCAUGGACGCAUCUCAAAGAGGUCUCCUUUUGAAUAGAUUGGCAGAUUUGAUAGAACGAGAUCAUAAGUAUCUUGCUUCGUUAGAAACGUUGGAUAAUGGUAAACCUUAUUCGAAUGCAUAUGCUUUUGAUGUUCCGGCAAGUGUUUCGACCUUGAGAUAUUAUGCAGGAUGGGCAGAUAAAAAUCAUGGUAAAGUCAUUCCCGUAGAUGGUAAUUUUUUUGCUUACACUAGACACGAGCCUGUUGGCGUAUGUGGACAAAUUAUUCCUUGGAAUUUUCCUAUGGUAAUGAUGGCUUGGAAAAUAGCACCAGCUUUAGCUACUGGAAAUGUUGUUGUCCUAAAACCAGCUGAGCAAACUCCGUUAACCGCUUUAUAUAUCGCGCAAUUAGUAAGGGAAGCUGGUUUUCCCAAGGGCGUUGUAAAUGUUGUACCAGGUUUUGGUAAAGCUGGAGCUGCAUUAGUUGCGCACAAUAAAGUCGACAAAGUAGCUUUUACUGGCUCAACAGAUGUUGGAAAAUUGGUACAAGAAGGUGCAGCUAAAAGCAAUUUAAAACGCACAACGUUAGAAUUAGGAGGAAAGUCGCCAAACAUCAUUCUCUCUGAUGCUAAUUUCCAACAUGCAGUUGAAACAGCUCACUUUGGAUUAUUUUUCAAUAUGGGUCAAUGCUGUUGUGCAGGUUCUAGAACAUUCGUAGAAGAAACAAUUUAUGAUCAAUUUGUAGAAAAAAGUGCUAAGCGUGCUCAAGUUAGAACAGUUGGUAAUCCAUUCGAUGAGAAUACCGAACAAGGUCCACAAAUAGAUGAGGACCAAAUGAAUAAGAUCAUUUCUAUGAUAGAUAUUGGAAAAGAACAAGGUGCCAAAUUAGUCACUGGUGGAAAUCGUGUAGGAGAAAAAGGUUAUUUUGUUGAACCAACUGUAUUUGCGGAUGUCACUGACGAUAUGACUAUUGCCAAGGAAGAAAUCUUUGGACCAGUUCAACAAAUUUUAAAAUUCAAAGAUUUGGAUGAAGUUAUAGCACGUGCUAAUAAUACCGAUUAUGGAUUAGCUGCUGCUGUUUUUACAAAAGACAUAGAUAAAGCUAAUUAUUUGGUUCAAGGAUUACGUGCUGGCACUGUAUGGGUGAACACUUACAAUUCUAUAUGUACUCAAGCACCGUUUGGUGGUUACAAAAUGUCAGGACAUGGAAGAGAGCUGGGAGAAUAUGGUCUUAAUGCAUAUACAGAAGUUAAAACGGUUAUAGUUAAAACUAAUAAGAAAAACAGUUAAUUCUCUUAAUUUUAUACUUUGCAGCUCUCUAUACUGUAUAAUAUUAAUAUAUUAUAUAUUUUUUUAUUUUGAUAUACAAGGGAUAAAUAUAACUUUUAUGACAAAAUAAAUGUCCAUUUAACAUAA